AUGAAGAGAUCCAAUACGCAAGCCUUUUUCCAAGACCCAGAUCAUCAAACUUAUGACCAUUUUCUACCUGUUCAAUCUGAUUUUCGAAAACCAAAAUUUGAUUGCGCUGCUUUUACAACCCGACUGAACGAACUGCUAUCGAAGGAAGAUUUCUUAGUGGCUGAAGAAGAUGCUUUCCUCCAUGCUGCAGCCGAUUUUCUGAGUGAGGUUAAGUUGCGUUUCAAGAAUCAUCAGGCUGCCUAUGAUUCUCUUUUGAAUGCUUUAAGCGGAAGCCAAAUGGGCGAUGAACUUUACAAGCAAAUAGCUACAGUUUUGGGGGAUCAGCCAGAUUUGAUGGAUGAGUUUCGUAGAAACUGUGAAAUAUUUAGCGUAAAUAAGGAACAGGAAGAGGAACACAACCAUGCUUCUAAUAAUUCCAAUAAAGGCGGCCCUGGGGUUGAUUCUGUCCUCAAGAAAGGGCUUAGUUUGUUUGCAAACAUCAAGAAUAAGUUAAAUGAUUCAGAUGAGUACAUGAAUUUCCUGAGGAAGGUCCAUGAAUACAAUAUUGGAAGGAUUGGAAUUAAAGACUUGUUUCAUUCACUUGAUGAGUAUUCUUGCAUCAUGGAACAAUUUGGGGAGUUUUUGAUUCAGUGUGGAAACAAAGAAGAUAUAUCAGAGAAGGCUGAUCAUACAAGGUUGACGAUUGAAAAGAAUAAGGUUAGUUCUAAAAGACUGAAGGCAGAGCAUAAAAGGAUGAAGACUGAAAAGGGGAAAGAAGACAAGAAGAAGCAUGAAGAUUGGCAUAAACCACUUAGAGAUUUGGAUUUUUCCAACUGUGAACAGGCUACUUUUAGCUACUGGCAUUUCCCUAGAAACUUUAUUGUUCCUAAUUCUAGUGGCAGAUCGGAGUUGGAUGCUCAAGUGCUGAAUGAUGAGUGGAUUUCUAGGGAUCCAGGGAAAAAGAAUUACAGAAUCAGGCACCAUAAUGAGUAUGAAAAAGCCCUCAACAAAUGUGAAGAUGAUCGAUUCGAGGCAGAUGUUUUGCUGGAUCGAUUGAAGUCCACCAUUAACAGAAUUGAGGAUUUAUUGAAGGGUGACACCUUUGAUAUUAAACAUGGCUUGAGCACCUUACAACAGACUUGUGUAAAGAAGUUCUGUGUAGGCAUAGACUUGGGCGAGAAAAAUUCUAAGGUUGUGCUCAAUUCUAUACUUAAUCGCCUGAAAUUGCAAUUAGAAGAGACUGAAAAAGAAUAUAGUCGUUGCAAUAGGAUCUGGGUAGGUGUCUAUGAAGAAUAUAUUCCAAGACUGCAUUAG